UCCUGCCGGCGCCAUUCUCAUUCUUCGCAACCAGUUGAUGGACGCAGCAUUGUCUCCACGCAGCAUACGCCUCGCAAUAAAGGAAAUGACCAUGGUCGAGUACUCGCGCGGUUGCGUGCGUUCCUCACCCUCACUUCAUAAUGCGCAACUGCACAAGGCAUCGCAGACCAUGCUAACGGAGAAUGAAUCCACGGACAACCAGCUGUACACUACCUUUUGUACAGCUUUUCAAUUCAGCCUGCACCAUAUGGCUGAAAGACGACCGAGCGACUACAGUACGAAGGGUAUCGCCGGGCUCGCUUAUCUACCCCAGAGUUUACAAAUUGCCUACCGAGCUGCCUCCCGAGGUCCCUCAGGUACCCACUCAUCAACCUCAUCACCUGGGCAGUCAACCGUCCGGCUUACAUUGUCAAUUGCAAGACCUUGCAUGUUCUUGUGCAUGUGUCGCAAUAUCCGGCAGCGAUGCCGUUCUACGGACCGGGAUCCCGAUAUUAACCCAAUCUAUCUGCAGACCAAGCACUCCCCUUCGCUCGCACGACGCAAGUCGCGCGUUGAAUACGAACCCCGCUUUUUCUCAAGGCACAUGAGAGCACAGUUGAGGUUGUGGCGCUGCUAAGCUUCGUGGCAAAUACACAUCAUUCCCUCUACGUCUCUUUAGGGCAAGGAUGUAUUAAGAACGUCUUCGGCGGGCUCAGUCCAACCAAUGCAAAUCAUAUUCUCCCGUACUCGCAGCGUCUCAUUGCAUAUAGCAGACUGCAUUUCUACCCCGGAUUCACGCGUCGCCGUUGACCUUUUUCGCCUGCAGCAUAGGCACGACGGUUAUUCUCGCCUGCUUAAAUUGUAGAAAAAGCUUGACCCACCACGACCUUCACACGUUUAAUAUACGAAAAGCUUGAUCUACCACCUUUCUGUCAAAUCACAGCAUACGAUUGGAGCAAAAUCAUCCCUAGUCC